CCGACCAUGGUGGGUAUAGGGUCCCUGCUCCUGAUCUGGGGCCUGGUGAGUCCGUGCUGGGGACUGCUUGAGACAGUGGGCACGCUCGCUCGGAUCGACAAGGAUGAGCUUGGCAAAGCCAUCCAGAACUCGCUGGUCGGGGGCCCCAUUCUGCAGAACGUGCUGGGGACCGUCACGUCCGUGAACCAGGGCCUCCUGGGCUCGGGCGGGCUGCUCGGAGGAGGCGGCCUUCUGAGCUACGGAGGGGUUUUCGGAGUUGUGGAAGAGCUCUCUGGGCUGAAGGUGGAGGAACUCACGCUGCCCAAGGUGUCGCUGAAGCUGCUGCCGGGGUUUGGGGUGCAGCUGAACCUGCACACCAAGGUGGGCCUGCAUGGCUCCGGCCCCCUGGGGGGCCUCCUGCAGCUGGCGGCGGAGGUGAACGUGUCCUCGCGGGUGGCGCUGGGCAUGAGCCCGCGCGGGACGCCCACGCUGGUGCUGAAGCGGUGCAGCACGCUCUUGGGCCACAUCAGCCUGCUCUCGGGGCUGCUGCCCGCACCACUCUUCGGGGUUGUGGAGCAGACACUCUUCAAGGUGCUGCCAGGACUGGUGAGUGCGCUCCGGCAGCGGGAGGAGGGGCUCACGGGGCGUCUGUGCCCCUCCCUUCCGCACGCAGGCCUGGUGCCCCUCGGGGCUCUGGGGUCCGUGGAAUUCACCCUGGCCACGCUGCCCCUCAUCUCUAACCAAUACAUCGAGCUGGACGUCAACUCCAUUGUGAAGAGUGUAGCUGGUGACGUCAUUGACUUCCCCAAGCCCCGCCUCCCGGUCAAGGUGCCGCCCAAGGAUGACCACACGUCCCAGGUGACGGUGCCUCUGUACCUCUUCAGCACCGUGUUUGGGCUCCUGCAGAGCCAGGGUGCCCUUGACAUAGACAUCACCCCCGAGCUGGUUCCCAGCCGCGUCCCUCUGACAACCUCAGACCUGGCGGCUCUUCUCCCUGAGGCCCUGGGGACAUUGCCCUUGGGCCAGCACCUCCUGCUGUCACUUCGGGUGAAGGAGCUGCCCACAGUCACGCUCCAGAACAAGAAGGCCACAGUCACCAUCCCAGCCAACAUCCACGUGCUGGCCUCUGUCCGGCCGGGGGCCCCUGAAGCCCUCUUUGAGCUGAACGUGGUCAUGACCCUGAACGCCCAGCUGGCUCCGUCGGCCACCAAGCUGCACAUCUCCCUGUCCCUGGAGCGGCUCAGGGUCAAGCUGGCCUCCUCCGCCCACACUUUUGACAACGCCGUCGUGCUCACCGUGGCGUCCUAA